AUGGAUGGCAUGUCCAUGAGUGGCAUGGGCCAUAUGUCCAUGGGCGAGGGGGUGCCGGACGUGUUCUACCUUCAGCGGAUGUACUGGGCCGUUGUCGGUAGUGCUAUUGCUGCUGGAACUGUUGCCAACAUGCUUAAUGGCUUCUUAGCAUACCAAAGAUUACGCGAUUCCACGCUCACUCCAUCCAAGCCGAAAUCACUCUUUUUCAGCUCAUAUGCCACAUUAACAGCUGUGGUUCGUGAAGCGAGCUACGCGACCUUGCCUCCGAUAAGGAUUCGCGGUCGAUCGUUUCACUUUGCUCCUCUGGGACCGAUCGCCAUCAUCCUGGCCAACCUCGCAGUGGUCCUCGUUUUUUGCUUCUACAAAUUGGAUACAACGAAUAAAUGGAAAUGGGAAGACGUCGGCUACCGAACCGGCUUUGUCGCCAUUGCUCAGCUGCCUUUGAUCUUUCUGCUGGCGGGAAGACAAAACAUCAUUGGAUUGUUUGUGGGCUUGAGCUAUGAGCGCCUGAACUGGUUCCACCGUUGGAUUUCUAGGACUCUAUGGUUGACUGCGACCAUUCACAUGGGAUUUUGGUUCCGAAACUGGGCCCGAUAUGACUAUAUCAUUUAUCAGCUGCAGAACGACGUGCUGACACAACGAGGAUUUGCUGCAUGGUGCAUUCUGACAUUCAUCGUCAUCUCAGCGGCGGCGCCAAUUCGAAGACUGAGCUACGAACUGUUCGUCUUGCAGCAUCUGGUAACAUUCACUGGGUUCCUUGCUGCAGUCUGGCUUCAUGCACCGGCAGAGGUCAAGGCUUGGGUGUGGGUCUCCAUUGGAUUUCUGGUGUUUGAUCGGGUAGCUCGGUAUGCAUGGGCAACUUAUGCCAACCUGUCAAUCUUCCAUGCGUCGAAUUCAAAUCAGCAUCCUCUCUGGGCCAACGUCGCAACUUUCACUCCAUUACCGGGCAACGUCACUCGAAUUACAGUCGAGAAUCCAGGUGUUCGGUGGAAGCCCGGACAGCAUGUGUUUCUCACCUGCCACUCCAUCGUGCCUCUACAGAGCCACCCGUUCACCAUCACUUCGAUUCCGGACGACGGGAAGAUGGAAUUCUUAGUGCGAGCCGAAAAGGGUGGUACAAGGCGGUUCUUCCGUUACGCCUCGAAACACCAUCACGCCCUCGGGUCUGGAGAAGCUUCACCUGCCCAGCGACCUCGUACGGUGUUUAUCGACGGUCCAUACGGCACAAUCCGGCCGCUGAGGCAAUUUGACAGCGUCGUUCUCCUCGCAGGCGGCAUGGGGGCCACUUUUACCAUUCCCCUACUGCGAGACAUCGUCGCAGGGUGGAAGGCAGAAUGUGUAGGAAGUUCUACGCGUCGUCUUGCCGCUACAAAGCGAAUUCGAUUCGUGUGGGUCAUCAGGUCGCGCGCUCAACUCAGCUGGUUCGAGGCUCAGAUCCAGUCGGUAUUAUCCGAUGUCGGCGAAUGCCGACGGGCCCAGCCUGAUAUGAUCAGAGAAAUUGAAGUGAGUAUCUACAUCACGUGCGAUGAGAAGCUGGAGCAGCGGCCACCGAAGACCGCCUGCCUACCGCCACCAUCUCCGCCGACCGAAGCCCCGAAGGCCAUUGAACCCCGCAAAGAGGAAUUCUCCGAAAAGAACAACCGCAUCUCCAUCCAAUCCGUCUCCGCAUCAAGCUCAAGUGGAAAAGAUCCCGCGAGCACAAGCGGCUGCCUCCCCGGCGGAGGCUGCUGCUGCACAGCUGCGGUAGAAGACGAGGACGAAAUCACCGAACACAAAUGUACCUGUUCCGGACACGCUCCGGCAGCACAACCCCAAAGCCAACCCCAACGGCUGCAGUCGACGCCGACGAAAAACGUCAACCCGAAGCAUCAGCGCAACCAGAACCCACGCAAUCCCACCACCUCAACCUCCUAUCCGGCCGACCGCAGCCACGCACCAUCAUCCGCAAGGUCCUCGAAAAAGCAGAAGGCGAGAGCGCCGUCGUCGUAUGCGGACCAGAGGGUCUCUCAGACGACGUCCGCCGCAGCGUGGUGUAUCUCAGCGACGAACGGGCGGUCCACAAGGGGACCGGCGCCCAGGGGAUCUACCUCCACGUCGAGACAUUCGGCUGGUAGCCUUCUUAUUCAUGUUAUAUUCACGAUUGAUGAAGCCAACCAGUUUCAAAAUGGUCUUCCGCUUCGUACGUCUCCCCUCCCCGCCAACCCAUCUCAGAAACAAACCCCAACCCCAAGCACAUUGACUAACAAACAACCACCAGCCCAAAUCCCUCGACCCCAUAACCCUCUUCCACAGCCCGCCCUCGCCUCCUCCAAACGCGCCCACAAUAUCCUCCGCCAAGCCGCGGCCGUCGCCUCCGAAACCGCAACCGAGGACCAAGCAAGCGACCACCUCGAGCAUUCGAAGCGCCAGCGCGGCGAGUUCCAGCUGGAGGUGACCACCGCGCCGCCGACGCCGGACCAGCUGCGAAAUAUCCUCGACUAUGUGGGCGGGGGCGUGAAGCCGUCGGACCUGGUGCAGGGGGCGAAGAAUGCGAAGGAGGCGUUGGAGUUGUUUAAGAAGGAUGAGGGGAAGUUUGUGAGGCCGGUGACUGUUGACUGGACACACGGAAAGGCGGUUGUUGGGGAUAAUGAAUCGGAGAUCCUCAAGAUGGUGCAUCAGCUGGACGUGGAUUAA